GCGCAUGCGCAAGCGGCUCCCUCCUUCAGCUCGUUCUUCCCGCUACAGCCGGGCUGAAUGGCCGACCCCGACGCCUCGGGUGUGGAGGAGCUGGCCGCUGGGCGCCGCGAAGCGCGGUGACUCGCCCUCCUCCAGCCUGAUCCGCUCGGCUGCGGUUCCCGUGGAAAGAGCGGGCCUGUGAGGGGAGCGGCGACCCCGCCAGCCCGAGCUCUUUCCCUGGCGGAGGCGGCUUCUUCCCUGGGACAAUAUGUUCAAGAGAAUGGCGGAAUUUGGGCCUGACUCCGGCGGGAGAGUGAAGGGGAUUACUAUCGUUAAACCAAUAGUUUAUGGUAAUGUUGCCCGAUAUUUUGGGAAGAAAAGAGAAGAAGAUGGGCACACCCACCAGUGGACAGUGUAUGUAAAACCAUAUAGAAAUGAGGAUAUGUCAGCAUAUGUGAAGAAAAUCCAGUUUAAAUUACAUGAGAGCUAUGGCAAUCCUUUAAGAGUUGUUACUAAGCCUCCAUAUGAAAUUACUGAAACAGGAUGGGGUGAAUUUGAAAUAAUCAUCAAAAUAUUUUUCAUUGACCCUAAUGAAAGACCUGUAACACUCUAUCAUUUACUAAAGCUCUUCCAAUCUGACACCAAUGCAAUGUUGGGGAAAAAGACAGUGGUUUCAGAGUUCUAUGAUGAAAUGAUAUUUCAAGACCCAACAGCAAUGAUGCAGCAACUGUUAACAACAUCUCGUCAGCUGACAUUAGGAGCCUAUAAGCAUGAAACAGAAUUUGCAGAACUUGAAGUGAAAACCAGAGAAAAAUUAGAAGCUGCCAAGAAAAAAACAAGCUUUGAAAUUGCAGAGCUUAAGGAGAGAUUAAAAGCAAGUCGUGAAACUAUAAAUUGUUUAAAAAAUGAAAUCAGAAAACUUGAAGAAGAUGAUCAGACAAAAGACAUAUAAGCAGCUAGUCGCAAGUUAAACAAAGUAGGGUGGACUCUGAUGGAGAAACGGACUCAAUGUAAUUCUGUGAUGUUUCUUGGAAGAACUACAGGUAUAUUUGGCCAGCCAUGGAUUUCACAGAGGUGAAGUCCAAGUUCACGAUAUUCGAACAGUCUUUAUUGGGAAAUAAUAUGUGUGUACUGAGAGUUGAUGCUGCAUAGCAUUCCAUAAUGUUAAGCACAAUUUUUAAAGUUUUUUUUUUUUUUUUGGAAUAUAUAUGUAGUUAUUUUCCUUUAGGCAGGCAUCAGAAUUUCAUUAUAAAGUAUAACCUGUACAAAUUUUGUACUUCUCUACUAGUGAGAAUUAGUAACUAGUGUGUAUAUUUAAUUCUUCAAGUUUUUGUUAUCUGCCCCUUCUGCCUCUUUUGUAUAUGAUGUACCAGUAAGUAUUCAAUAAACGUGCUUUUCUGCUCCCA